AUGGAGAGGCUUAACUAUUCCAGAGUACCGGAAUUCGUGUUACUUGGACUCACUGAUUCUCCCGAGCUUCAGAUAUUCUUCUUUGUGGCAUUUUCCAUUUUCUAUUUAAUGACAAUGCUUGGGAAUUGCCUGAUUCUGUUCACUGUCCUCUCCACUUCACAUCUCCACUCCCCCAUGUUCUUCCUUCUCAGCAACCUUUCUCUGAUUGACAUAUGCCUCUCCUCCUUUGCCACACCAAAGAUGAUCAUGGACUUCUUUGCUCACCACAAGACCAUCUCUUUUGAGGGGUGCAUUUCUCAAAUCUUUCUUUUACAUCUUUUCACCGGAACUGAAAUUGUACUGCUGAUUUCCAUGUCUUUUGACAGGUAUAUUGCCAUAUGUAAACCUCUCUACUAUUCAACAAUUAUGAGCCCAAAAGUGUGUGUUGGGCUUGUGGUAACUUCUUGGAUGGUAGGCUUCCUACAUACAAUGAGCCAAUUAGUUUUUAUCCUAUAUUUACCCUUCUGUGGUCCCAAUGUAGUAGACAGUUUCUUCUGUGAUCUUCCUCUGGUAAUUCAACUGGCUUGUGUAGAUACCUAUGUUCUUGGUAUCUUCAUGGUCACAACCAGUGGCGUUAUUGCUCUUGUAAGUUUCCUGCUUUUGCUCAUCUCUUAUAUUGUGGUGCUUGUAACUAUCAGAGACCACUCCUCUAAAGCUCUUUCUACCUGCACUUCACAUUUCAUAGUUGUGCUAAUGUUCUUUGGACCUUGCAUUUUCAUUUAUGUGUGGCCCUUCACAAACUUUCUGGUUGAUAAAAUUCUCUCUGUUUUCUACACCAUCUUCACCCCUUUUCUGAAUCCACUUAUCUAUACUUUAAGAAACCAGGAAGUGAGGACAGCAGUAAAGAAAAAAAUAAGUAACCAAUAUUUUACUUUUGGGAAAACAAUUCCACAUUAUACAGUGAAAGGACAGGAGAGAUCCUGA